AGCGACCACGGCUGAAGGCGGUAGUAGGGCCCUGCUCGACCUCUGUUCGCUCUGCCGUCUCGGAACAAACGGCAGGGGGUGUUGUUGUGUGUUUUUGUGUUCUUCGGCCACCGUUGCGUGACUAUAGUGGCGUUGGCGCGGCAUUACCAAACAGCACCAACAGCAACGUUGCGGACCCUCGUCAGGCUUGACUGUUAGCCGUCUUUACGCGUCAGAGGCGAGGAUCGACCGCUUCACAGUCUUCCCCCGUAUUCGUUCCGUUUUCCGGAGAUUUCAGGACGAGUGUGGUCGUCGUAACUUCAGGUUGUAUGUGUUCUCGUAGUUGGUGUGUGCUUGUGUGUUUGCUAUGCAAAGUGUAAAGUGAAAACGAAUCCGUCGAAAGCAAAGUGAAAAAGUAGUGUCCCCGGAUCCCUGCUUGACAUAACCUUCGACUCCUGUCCGCCGGUAUCGACGAAAGGUCAACACACGUGGCAUCCCUGACGCCAUUUUUAUUGUGACGCGAAAAGCGCGCGCUCGGUGACAAAGUAACGUGUAUGAGUGAAGAAGGAAGAGGAGGGGUGUGAUUGGGCGGAAAUCGUGGCCGACAACUCAUCCGGUCAUCCGGUGCAACGAUUGACAGGUUCCGGUGGUAUCGGAUCGGAAGGUAGCGAAGGUGUGCCCAGAACGGCAGCACGAUUUGCUGGUUUUGCAUACGGAGGAGAUAAAUUGAAGCCAGUGUAUUCAGUGGACCCAGACUCACAGGCUCAUCAGAUGCUGAGUGGAAGCGAGUGUAGCGCAGCAAAGGUGCGAAGGUGAUGCUGAUCGGAUUGAGGCUGAGGUGAAGAGAAACCUGAGGCAGAGUGUGUGAUGCUGCCGUGUUGCAACAAUUUAAUCAACGAAUGAAAUUGUGACAUAUCAAUCGCAUCAUCAUCAAUCCAGCGAAGCGAAAAAAAAAACAUAUCGUCGGUCAGCGUCGACUGGACGCGAGGCUAGAACGUACGCAGCAAGCAAUGCGUACUUGGAUCUUGGUCGUACGUUAGCAAGAAACGUAGCACAGAAACCGAUCAUCGAUCAACAAAGACACGCUAAAACCCCAGUGGUGUCUACAAAGAAUCAAAUUCCCAUAAACAUUCCUGGAAGGAAUCAUCCCAUCGAUCGCAGCACACGAUGGCACUCCUUGGUAGACGGAGAUCCUCCUUCCUGAAGUUGGCCGCCCUGUGCGGUGUGGUGUGGUUCAUGGCCGUGUUCGUCCUUUACUCGGACGAUGCGAGACGUUCGGCCGGUAGUGGACCGAGUGCUAGUGGUUCCGGUGCGGCCAGUGGUGGCGGUGCGGUCGAGUACGAACCGGCACGCCGGUUAGCGCUCGAAGGCAUCCGGAAUCGGUUCAAUCAGUUCAUGGACAAUGCACGGCGCGAUGCUGAUCGUCCGGAUCCGGAAGCUGAUCAGGAGCAGCAGCAGCAGCAGCAGCCACAAGAUCAACUAGAGCAGGAGAUUGAGGAUGUGGAAGUGAAGUUUGUGGAUCGCAAUCAGCUCGGAGAUGGUGGUGGUGGUGGUGGAGCUGAUCUGGAUGAGCCACCGGUGGCCAAAACGCACGCCAGACAGGGAACGCCAUCGCGGCCUGGACGUCACCCAGACGAUAACGGUGCUCCGGGCAUUCCCGGUGUGAUUGCGCCACCGAGCGAAGGUGGCCCCGGGGAGCUCGGUAAGCCCGUCAUCCUACCGAAGGAUCUCUCGCCGGAGGUCAAGAAACUAGUCGACGAUGGUUGGGCGAAGAACGCGUUCAAUCAGUACGUGGCGGACAUGAUCUCGAUCCGGCGGACACUGCCAGAUCCACGGGAUGCCUGGUGCAAGGAACCGGGCCGAUACCGCCAAGAUCUACCACCAACCUCGGUGAUUAUCUGUUUCCACAACGAAGCGUGGUCGGUGCUGCUGCGAACCGUUCACUCCGUGCUCGAUCGUUCACCCGAACAUCUGGUGAAGGAAGUGAUUCUCGUCGAUGAUUUCUCCGAUAUGCCGCACACACAGAAGCAGCUGGAGGAAUACUUCCUGGCCUAUCCAAGGGUGAAGAUCAUCCGUGCGGCAAAGCGUGAGGGUUUGAUCCGUGCUCGACUACUCGGGGCCCGGCAUGCCACCGCUCCGGUACUCACGUAUCUCGAUUCACACUGUGAAUGCACAACCGGCUGGUUGGAGCCACUGCUGGAUCGUAUCGCACGGAAUUCGACGACUGUUGUAUGCCCGGUGAUUGACGUGAUUGAUGACAACACGAUGGAGUACCACUAUCGGGACUCGGGCGGCGUAAAUGUCGGUGGAUUCGACUGGAACCUUCAAUUCAACUGGCACGCAGUACCGGAACGGGAGAAGCGAAAGCAUCAGAGUGCCGCCGAACCGGUCUGGUCACCGACGAUGGCCGGUGGACUGUUUGCGAUCGAUCGGGUGUUCUUCGAGCGGCUCGGAACGUACGAUUCCGGAUUCGACAUCUGGGGUGGCGAGAAUCUGGAGCUGUCCUUCAAAACGUGGAUGUGCGGUGGUUCCCUGGAGAUUAUCCCCUGUUCGCACGUCGGUCACAUCUUCCGGAAACGCUCGCCUUAUAAGUGGCGAACGGGUGUGAACGUGAUCAAGCGGAACUCGGUCCGAUUGGCGGAGGUAUGGAUGGAUGAGUACGCCCAGUACUACUACCAACGCAUUGGCAACGAUAAGGGUGACUUUGGGGAUGUGAGCUCACGGAAGCGGCUGCGGGAGGAGCUGCACUGCAAACCGUUCCGCUGGUAUCUGGAUAACAUCUAUCCGGAGCUGUUCGUGCCCGGUGAUGCCGUAGCGUCUGGCGAGGUAAGAAACAUGGGCUACGGCAACCGAACGUGUCUGGAUGCGCCGGCUGGCAAGCGGAACCUGCGGAAGGCGGUCGGUCUCUAUCCGUGCCACAACCAGGGUGGCAAUCAAUACUGGAUGCUGAGCAAAACGGGUGAAAUCCGGCGGGACGAAGCAUGCCUUGACUAUGCCGGUGACGAUGUCGUCCUGUAUCCGUGCCAUGGUUCCCGUGGGAACCAGUACUGGAACUACUCGGAAGAUACGCACCUGCUCCGGCACGGUUCGUCCGACCGCUGCCUUUCGAUCAACGAGGCCAAGAACAAGCUGAUCAUGCAGGACUGCAAUCCGCUGGUGGAGGCGCAACGGUGGUCCUUCCAGAACUACGAUCCCAGCAAGCUGUGAAACCCGUCCGCUGAUGCCGAUGAGGAUCUUCUGAUCGAUUCACGCCGACGGGCGAGAGGGAGAGAGAUAAGCUAAAAAGAAAGCGAGCGAGCGAGCGAGAGAUCAUCACCACCUUCCUUACAUCACAAAGGAAAUAUCGAUAUCUAAACGAUCUCUCCGGCAGCGGUUCCUUCUGAAACCGGAUAGCAAAAAAAAAAAGGGGGCGGGACAGAGCGUUACAGACGAGCGAUCAAUCACGAUCAAGGGGAGAAGCGGAAGGAGGAGGAGGAAUGAGAAUUGAUUUUUUAUAAUGUGAUGUUUUAUAAGUAUGUUAACCGAAGGCAGUAAACGAAGGAAGGUGUUUAGUUCAAUGGUGGUCCGGUUUCGGUUCCGGUUCGAGUCGAGCGAUGCCGCUUCCAUGCUGCUCUCCUGUUUUGCUCAACUUGCCAAAAUUAUUGGCGGAAAGCGAUCGUAGGAUCGCGGAUCCGCGAGAGACCGAUGGCGGGCAGCGUAUCAGAGCGUAUAGCGAAAAGACUUGACGACCACGUGGUUCAAUUGGGCCAUUAACGGAGCCCUGUUCUAGUUUUGUAUAUAGUUAAGACGAUGGUGCAGAUCGGAGAUCAGUAAUUAUCGAUGUGACGUGCGAUUCCAGCGGGACGGGAACGGAAAGGAAGCUUAAUCGCAAUCUUUUACAUCCCGAGCUUUAGUUGAGAUUGAUUCAAUGCGAUUCCUUUCGUUGUGCUCUGCGGUGCAGUGGUAGCAGUAUGCUGAAAGAAAGCAUAGCAAAGCUAACGGCAUCGAAGUAAGAUUUUGAUUAAUUUAAUACAGAGAACCUUAUGGUAGUUUGAUUGUUUCUAAUGAAUGAGUUGAAUGAGUUGAGUGAGUUGAGUGAGUAGUGAAAUUAUUGCGAUUGCGUAAUUGUAUUAUGAUUAUUGACUGCCAUAAAACCGACGCGAAAUGAGUUCACCCUUUUUCCGGCAAGCAACUGUGCACGGAAGAGCGAAAAGAGAUAGCAGCAAAGCAAAACAAAUCAUACAAUCCGUAGGACCGUAGCAGGGUGGAAAACAACGAGAAGAACAGAAACAAAACACAGAAUCACACGUGAAACGAAGUCGUCGAGACUCGAUACCGAUACCGUAGAUUUCAUUAUUCGGCUCAAGGGUAGCUUCCAGGCUCCUCCAAGCAGGCAGCGCUCAAGUCAGAGACAAUCGAUCGACACCGAUGAGAACCAAUCACUCGUUACUUUUCCUGACCGAAUGCGAUUCCAUAUCAAAGCUCCAUACAGAGACGGGCACGAGCCCGCCUGGCGCAGGUCAGUGUUGAAGUUACUUUGUUAUCUGUAAGUCCCAUAGAAAGCGAGAAGGCGGCCGUCUGGAAGCUAACGAAAACAUAUCAACUCUAAAUGACAGCGAACUACGCCGACGCCGGCUUGCAGCCAUAGGAAAGAAACAAAAGAAAAAAACGAAUCCAAUAACCUUCCACCACACAAAAGCACACACUCUGAGUCAUAUCACCAUCAUAAUGAUUCCUGUUUUUGGGGGACUUUUUAGUGACUUUACGUUUAAUCGAAACGAACCUAUAUACAAAAAUAUACACACAUCCAAGAGAAAUACCACCAAGCAGUAACUGCUGCUGAAACGACAUAUCCUUUUUACAUUCCGAGCGUUGUGUGAGGUAGAUACGCGCUAUUACUACUCUUAGAAACUACUUCUUCCAAUCGUAUAUCGUAACGGAACGGAGUGUUUGGUGGUUGAAAGAUGUUGAGAGGUUUUCCGUUUUUUUUUGUUUUCUUAUUCCAAUCUAUAUGACUUUUGUUAGGGAAAGUAUCCUGCAUGUGCACCACUAAUCGCGUGUCUCCCAUUAUUCCUUACUGUGUUCUGCAUUUGAUUGGAUUGAGUGAGUCAGCGAGGAGGGUCAGCGUAUGUUAGUGAAAAUACAAAAAAAACACAACUAUAUAGGACUCAGAUGAUAGACAGAUGGAAGAUGUGGGAAGUGGUCCGCCGCUCUAUUUUGUACCUUCCAAACCCACGAGCACUUCUGCCCUUCACAUCGGGGAGCUCUACGAGGAGCACCGAUGAAAACGGCGCAUCACAUCGCAGCAAUCCAGCAUCACAUAAUAACACAUAAUCGACCGGAGGAUUGCACGCCAUUCCUCUUGAUGUGCCUUCUAAAUAGCAUUCGAGCAGUCACACUCAAAAGACCGCACGGAGCAAGCGACGAACCUUUUUAACCAAAACCGACGACAAGAUAGAGUGAAAGGGAGUGAGUGUGAGCGUGUUUAGACAAGAUAAAUGGUUUCCUGAGAAUGGUCGAGUGUACAGCACACUCCUUCCAAUGUAAGGCUCUUUCCGUUGUGGGUUGAGCCGUGAACAGCGUUCACACAUUUAAGUCAAUGUUAGGUUUUGCUCACUCACGCUUUGCACGUGUGUGGGAGAGAUGAUUCGUCGACACGGUGGCGUGAAUUGGCUCCAGGCAGUUGUACUUUAACGAGAAAACACGAAACGUAAACUAUCCUUAAUGCGUGUAAAACAUAUAAAUUCUAGCCUCGCUUUCCAACCAGAAAAAAAGGAAACGGAAAAAAGGGAGGCACGCAGGACUGCAAUGUGUACAUAAUGAUAACACUUAACGCGUUGUAAUAUGGGGCGGUAGAAGACAGUAAAUCUAUGAAACGAAAGAAAAACAGACACAGACAAACACAAACAUAGCAACAUAAUCUGCUUAUCAGAAGGAAGAUGCGUACACAAUUAAAACAUAUCUUUUAAUAUCUGGCGGCAACUUAAAGGUGGAAUAUAAACGCAAAACAAUGAAUAUCACGUUAAGAAAGACAAAAAAACAUACUCCUCCAUGUACGAAGUGUCCGUUUCGCGGCUUUUUUUAUAUAUACUGCUGCGCGAAAGGAAACACCCAGAGAUAGACGGUUUGUUUUUUUUUUUAAUUUUAAACAAUUCAAAUCAUUCCACUGUAUUGAGAAGGGCAGCGGGCAGAAAAGGGAACACACCCAUUUUGUACAGUUGUUAAGUUAUGGAAUGGAUCGAAACCGAAUUGCAAUAUAAGACGAAUUGCUCCGUCGUCAUACAAUCGUGCAAAAGCCAAACUGUAAGGCACAAAACUAAAGUAACUUGCUACAAGAAAAACAAGAACAACAAUAACAAUAGUAACAGUGAACCGAGGGAUAGAAACAGCAACAAAUAAAGCAAAAUAAGUAAAUAAUA